GCUUGUGGAGGAGGGACUAUCAAAGCGACCCGAUGGGUUCUAGGAAAGCUUUUCUCUUCUCUCCUCUUCUGUGGAGUCAAACUAGAGGAGUAAGGUUGAUGUUCCUGUUACUGACCCUGCAUAUGGGAAACUGUGUUGAUAAAGCAGAUGAUGAAGAUGAUGAAGAUUUAACUAUGAAUAAAACAUGGGUCUUGGCACCAAAAAUUCAUGAAGGAGAUAUCACACAAAUUCUAAAUUCACUACUUCAAGGUUAUGAUAACAAACUCCGUCCAGACAUAGGAGUGAGGCCCACAGUAAUUGAAACUGAUGUUUAUGUGAACAGUAUUGGACCAGUUGAUCCUAUAAACAUGGAGUAUACAAUAGAUAUAAUUUUUGCUCAAACCUGGUUUGACAGCCGCUUAAAAUUCAAUAGCACCAUGAAAGUGCUGAUGCUUAACAGCAACAUGGUGGGAAAAAUUUGGAUUCCUGAUACUUUCUUCAGGAACUCAAGAAAGUCUGAUGCACAUUGGAUAACAACACCUAAUCGCCUGCUGCGUAUUUGGAGUGAUGGAAGAGUUCUAUACACUCUACGAUUAACAAUUAAUGCAGAGUGCUAUCUUCAACUUCAUAACUUUCCUAUGGAUGAACAUUCCUGUCCACUGGAAUUUUCAAGCUAUGGAUACCCUAAAAAUGAAAUUGAGUAUAAGUGGAAAAAGCCCUCUGUGGAAGUAGCUGAUCCUAAGUACUGGAGAUUAUAUCAGUUUGCAUUUGUAGGAUUACGAAAUUCCACUGAAAUCUCCCAUACAAUCUCUGGAGAUUAUAUUAUCAUGACAAUUUUUUUUGACCUGAGCAGACGGAUGGGUUAUUUCACCAUUCAGACCUACAUUCCGUGCAUUCUAACAGUUGUCCUUUCUUGGGUUUCUUUUUGGAUCAAUAAAGAUGCAGUACCUGCCAGAACAUCACUGGGUAUCACAACGGUUUUGACUAUGACAACCCUCAGUACAAUUGCCAGGAAAUCUUUACCUAAGGUUUCUUAUGUAACAGCGAUGGAUCUCUUUGUCUCUGUGUGUUUCAUUUUUGUGUUUGCAGCACUGAUGGAGUAUGGAACCUUGCAUUAUUUUACUAGCAAUAAUAAAGGAAAAACCACCAGGGACAGGAAGCAUAAAAACAGGACCUCGGUAUCCCCAGGCCUCCAUGCUGGUUCCACCUUGAUCCCCAUGAACAGCAUUUCUCUGCCUCAAGGGGAGGAUGAUUACGGCUACCAGUGUUUGGAGGGCAAAGAUUGUGCUAGCUUUUUCUGCUGUUUUGAAGACUGCAGGACAGGGUCCUGGAGGGAAGGACGGAUACACAUACGCAUAGCCAAAAUUGAUUCCUACUCAAGAAUCUUUUUCCCAACAGCUUUUGCCUUGUUCAAUCUUGUUUACUGGGUUGGAUAUCUUUACUUAUAAAUUUUAAGUGAUAAAAAUCAUAAAAGCCUGGCUUAGUCCAAUGUACUCAGUUGUAUUCCAGUAACAUGAAGUUUAAAUUUAAAAUGAAAGAGUCCAUUGGUAAAAAUCUGAAUGGUACUGUUAUAAGACUAGGGCUUUCAUACACAAGUAAGACAGAAGUAUUCAGGUUAAUUUAUCUAAAUGGACAUGAAAUUGAUAGUCAGGUACAACACAUUGAAAUUAUAACAUAUAUUUUAAUUUACUUUUCUUUAUUUUGCUUGUGUACUAUUAAUAUUCGAACUUAAUACUUCUGUGAGACAUAUUUUGAAUAUGAAAUAAUUUUAAUACAUAUUUUAUUUAAAUAUAACUAUUGCUUAUAAUGAAAGAUUAAUGCCUAAUAUUACAAUAUUCUUUGCCUAGAUUAGUUAUUAGUUUAAUUUUAUUUCUUGUUUUACUUGCCAAUUUGGGGAUAUAGAUGAUUGUUUAAAACAAAGCCAUGAUUUUCUCAGAUUUACUUCCAGGAUAUGUUACUCUUGAGAAGAAAAUAGUAUGUGUGUUAAUUCCUUUUUAAAUAAUUUCUCUUGUGAACUGUUAAUGUGCAACUGUACGUAUUUAUGGAUUUGCAAAAUAAACAGUGCUGUUAUGUCUUAUGUUUGAAAUGUGAAACAAUUAAAUCAAACUACUUGGCAAUUACAGUUUCUAAAAUGGCCAGUUUUAUCUGUAAUCCUGUGCAUUUUCUGCUCAAUAGUUAAAAAAAUAUCAAGCCACAUUUAAUCUGAAGAUUUUUCAAACUUGGAUAUAAAAUACUAAAGCCAUUUUUAAAUUUUUUGUAAUGCAAGAUGGGAACAAAAUCAAAAUUAUUUUCUGCUUUGCACGAUUUAUGAGGUAUAAAGUGGUUAGUGCUAAAAGGUUAUAAUGUACCAACAAAGAAAUCAAGUGGGAAGUGUUCUGUUUUCAUUAUGUGCUACAAAAGAGUGUCACAAAUUCAAAUAAGCAGUAGACGAAAUGCUUGAUUUAACAGUGCUUAAGGAAUCAUCUGGCAAUCUAAGCUGCAGAUUGUCUUGAAGAAAGACUUAAAUAUAUCUACUGACAUUUUAUAAAGCAGAUAUAGUUAGGAAACCUUACCAAAAAAUUUAUAUACCCACUGAUUUCUGAGGUGAGUUUUACAACUACAUUAUAAUCACUGUUUUCUUUCUUUGAGACAUGUGUGAAUCCUUGAAAUGCAUCUUACAAAUGGACUUUGUGAGAGGCAUCUGUAGUGAACUUGAGUCAGGACAUCCUGAAAUCCCUAAAGUGAGAAGCAGGCUCUAGAGAGCCUUGCUGUAGAAAACUUAUUGCAGUUGUCAAUGCUACAUCUGUGAGUGGAGGCUUCAGGUUGGACAUAAACAGUAGAAGUCUUCACUGUGAGUCUGGAGAGAUGGCUCAGUGUGCAUGGCCAUUCUAUGUUCUUGCUGAGGAUCCAGGUUCAGUUCCUAGCAUCCACAUGGCAGGUUACAACAAUCUGUAAUACAGGGAGCUUGAAGCUUUCAUCUGGUGUGGCUGAGACUGCAUGUACAUAGUACACAUGCAUACAAGCAGUCAAAUACUCACAUACAACAUAAAUUUUCAAUGGUCACAGCAGCUAUCCCUGUGAAAGGUAUCAUGAACAAGGGCGUGUAGGGUUUGAAGAGGAAGCUGCCAUGUGGUUGCUUGACACACAGGUUUUUAUUUCAAUAAUUGCUCCACUCGAUGUGGCAAUCUCUGGGUGAAGCCCAGAUGUACAUACCAUGUGUGUUCCCCAGCUAAAUACAACUACUUCAUCUUUCUCGCCGUCCUCUUAAAAACACACAAGAAUUGAAGGAUAAUAAAAUGUUAAUUUUAAAUGGAUAGCAAAAUGAAAAUUUAUCUAUAUAUGUAUUAACAUUUAGAUAUUCUGCUCUCUUACAUUGACAGCAUUAAUUACUGGUAUAUGUUAAUAAGAUUAAUAUUCAUUUAAGUUAUAAAUGAAGUAUGGAGUAUCAUUAAGGGGUAACAUGCUUCACAAUAUUUUUAUGGCUAUUUCCAUAUUUGUAGUGAUGGCUUGCUCAUUGUUAACCAUGUUUACUUAAGGGGCUUUUUGGUUUGUAUCGAAGCAUGACUAAUUGUAAAAAUACUUUUAAAUGCUUGGUAUAAAUACCCUUGAGUUUCUCAUUGAUAUUUUAUUAAUGAGGCUAAAUGUUGACAAUAUUUAAAGGUGAAAAUAAAAUUGUUAAAAAUA